GCUGGGCCUGGGGUUUACAGGAUGCCCAGGCCGAGGAGGAGAUCAAGCAGGAGAUGAACACACUGCAGCAGAAGCUAAAUGAGCAGCAGAGUGUGCUCCAGCGUAUUGCUGCCCCUAAUAUGAAGGCCAUGGAAAAGCUGGAAAGUGUCCGAGACAAGUUUCAGGAGACCUCAGAUGAGUUUGAAGCAGCUCGAAAGCGAGCCAAGAAGGCCAAGCAGGCGUUUGAGCAGAUCAAGAAGGAGCACUUUGACCGCUUCAAUGCUUGUUUUGAAUCUGUGGCCACCAACAUUGAUGAGAUCUACAAGGCCCUGUCCUGCAACAGCAGUGCCCAGGCAUUCCUGGGCCCUGAGAACCCUGAGGAGCCCCACUUGGAUGGCAUCAACUACAACUGCGUGGCUCCUGGCAAACGCUUCCAGCCUAUGGACAACUUGUCAGGCGGGGAGAAAACAGUGGCAGCUCUGGCCCUGCUCUUUGCCAUCCACAGAUAAGGCUG